AUGCAACGAGAGCAUGAAGUUAUGAACGAUUCAUGUCGAAACAACAAACAACGCAGUAAUUCAAGCGGUCAUUACAGUCAUGAUGAAGCUCGUAUACCUAUACCAGUGAGCUUGCAGCCUACCCCAAUCAACCUAGAUAAGAUCGUCCCAGUGGAGAGGGUUUCCAUACAGGCCACGAAAUGGAAUCUGGAUAGCAACUCAAUCGAAUACCUCAAAGGCCUCGCUGCUUCCAAAUCAUCAUCACCAAACUCGCAUCAAGACUCGCAUCAAGACUCGCAUCAAGACUCGAUCUCGCACAAGGCCCGAGCCUCGGGCGCUUCCACCAAGGCUGCUGCUGGCUAUCCAGACGCCACCCUUCUCCGACAAAAGCAAGUCGAUCAAUGGAAUAUUCGCUAUGCCGAACUCUUGGAAUUCCGAGAGGAACACGGACACUGCCUCGUACCUCUUCGGUAUCAACCGAACCGGGCACUCAGCAAUUGGGUCAAACGGCAGAGGUAUCAAUAUCGAAUAAAAUCGGAAGGGAAACAUUCCACCUUGAACGAUGAGCGGCAGGCUGCUUUGGAGAAACUUGGUUUUGUGUGGGACUCCCAUUCUUUGACAUGGGAAGAGCGGUUCCAAGAGCUUUCCGAAUUCCGGCGAGUCCAUGGACAUGCGAACGUCCCAAAAUCGUACAAAACGAAUCAACAGCUAGCCGUUUGGGUCAAGAGCCAACGGAGGCACUUUCGACUACAUUGCAACGGCAAGCCAUCGGCAAUGACAAAGGAACGAAUGGAGCGACUCAAAAGCUUGGGGUUUGUGUUCAAUCCGCGAUCACUCAAUCUGGAACGACAGCAGCAGGAAUUAACUUAG